GUGUGUUGCCGGCAUUUGAUAGACGAGGUCACGAGGUCAAGUUUGAUCGAGUUAACACAUAUAUUUCUCACAUGCUGUGUUUAUUUUAUUUUUUAAAAUAUAUAUAAACAAUAAAAAAAAAUAAAACAAUGCACAGUGAAAGUGCAAAAAACUGCUUUCUUCUUCUUGAAGAUGGCACUAUUUUUCCUGGAAGAAGUUUUGGAGCCAAUUCACAAAUUGAUGGUGAAGUUGUUUUUCAAACUGGAAUGGUUGGAUACCCCGAGUCUCUGACAGAUCCAUCCUAUCAUAGUCAAAUACUUGUUUUGACAUAUCCCUUGAUUGGCAAUUAUGGUGUACCAGAUGACAAAAAAGAUGAGCAUGGUUUGCCUUAUUUUUUCGAAUCCAAUCGUAUCUGGGCAGCUGGUCUUGUUGUUGGUGAAAUAUGCGAGACACCAAGUCACUGGCGUUCAACAAAAACCCUAUCAACUUGGUUAAAAAAUGAAAACAUUCCUGGUAUUCAUGACAUUGAUACACGAGCAUUGACAAAAUUGAUUCGUGAAAAAGGCAGUAUACUGGGUAAAAUUGUCUUUGAAAUACCACCAAAUCAAUCUACAACAAAAUUAACAAUAACAGAUCCAAAUACAAGAAAUUUAGUUGCUGAAGUUUCACAAAAAUCUUCACGUAUAUUAAAUCCAUCAGGAAAACCACGUAUUUGUAUGGUUGAUUGUGGUCUUAAAUAUAAUCAAAUACGUUGUUUUAUAAAUAGAGGUGCAAGAGUUGAAAUUGUACCUUGGAAUUAUGAUCUUGAAAAAGUAGAAUUUGAUGGUUUAUUUUUGAGCAAUGGACCUGGUGAUCCAUCAAUGUGUCCAGAAACAAUUGAAAAUAUUAAAAAAAUUUUAAGCAAAAAAAAACAUCCAAUAUUUGGUAUUUGUAUGGGACAUCAAUUAUUAUCAAUAGCAGCUGGUUGUAAAAGUUAUAAAAUGACAUAUGGUAAUCGUGGACAUAAUCAACCAGCUAUACAUUUAUCAACUCAACGUUGUUUUAUGACAUCACAAAAUCAUGGUUAUGCAAUUGAUGAUAAUAAUUUACCAAAUGAAUGGGAAUCAUUAUUUACAAAUGCAAAUGAUGGUAGUAAUGAAGGUAUUGUUCAUUCAACUUUACCAUGGUUUUCAGUACAAUUUCAUCCUGAACAUACAGCUGGACCACAAGAUCUUGAAUGUUUAUUUGAUAUUUUUUUGGAUGCAGCAAUUAAUUAUAAAACAUCAAAUUUAAAUUAUAAUAUUAAAGAAAAAUUGAUAAAUAAAUUAAAAUAUAAUCCUAUUAUUAAAAAAUCUCAUGAUAGACCUAAAAAAGUAUUAAUACUUGGAUCAGGUGGUUUAAGUAUUGGUCAAGCUGGUGAAUUUGAUUAUUCUGGUUCACAAGCAAUAAAAGCACUACGUGAAGAAUCAAUUCAAACUGUAUUAAUUAAUCCAAAUAUUGCAACAGUACAAACAUCAAAAGGAAUGGCUGAUAAAAUAUAUUUUUUACCAAUAAUACCAAAUUAUGUUGAACAAGUUAUUAAAUCAGAACGUCCUGAUGGUGUAUUAUUAACAUUUGGUGGACAAACAGCACUUAAUUGUGGUGUUGAACUUGAAAAAAUGGGUAUAUUUAAUAAAUAUAAUGUUAAAAUUAUUGGUACACCAAUUAAAUCAAUAAUUGAUACUGAAGAUAGAAAAAUAUUUUCUGAACAUGUUAGUAAAAUUGGUGAAAAAGUUGCACCAAGUGCUGCUGUUGAAUCAAUUGAUGAAGCACUUGAUGCUGCUGAAUUAUUGGGUUAUCCAGUUAUGGCUAGAGCAGCAUUUUCACUUGGUGGUCUUGGUUCUGGUUUUGCAAAUAAUAAAACUGAAUUAAAAAUACUUGCACAACAAGCAUUAGCACAUUCAAAUCAAUUAAUUAUUGAUAAAUCAUUAAAAGGAUGGAAAGAAGUUGAAUAUGAAGUUGUUAGAGAUGCAUAUGAUAAUUGUAUAACAGUUUGUAAUAUGGAAAAUGUUGAUCCAUUGGGAAUUCAUACUGGUGAAUCAAUUGUUGUUGCACCAAGUCAAACAUUAUCAAAUGCUGAAUAUAAUAUGUUAAGAACAGCAGCAAUUAAAGUUAUACGUCAUUUUGGUAUUGUUGGUGAAUGUAAUAUACAAUAUGCACUUAAUCCAUUUUCUGAAGAAUAUUAUAUUAUUGAAGUUAAUGCUAGAUUAUCAAGAAGUUCAGCAUUAGCUAGUAAAGCAACUGGUUAUCCAUUAGCAUAUGUUGCAGCAAAAUUAGCACUUGGUAUACCAUUACCAAAAAUAAAUAAUUCAGUUACUGGUAAAACAACAGCAUGUUUUGAGCCAAGUUUAGAUUAUUGUGUUGUUAAAAUACCAAGAUGGGAUUUAAGUAAAUUUCAAAGAGUAUCAACAAAAAUUGGCUCAUCAAUGAAAAGUGUUGGUGAAGUUAUGGCUAUUGGACGUAAAUUUGAAGAAGCAUUUCAAAAAGCAUUACGUAUGGUUGAUGAAAAUGUCAAUGGUUUUGAUCCAUAUUUAAAAAAAAUUAAUGAUGAAGAACUUGAAAAACCAACAGAUAAAAGAAUGUUUGUACUUGCUGCAUCAAUUAAAGCUGGUUAUACAAUUGAUCGUCUUUAUGAAUUGACAAAAAUUGAUCGUUGGUUUCUUCAAAAAAUGAAAAAUAUCAUAAAUUGUUACAAUACAUUAGAAAAUAUUGGACAAGGUGAUAUAUUAUCACAUGAAAUAUUAUUGGGAUCAAAACAACUUGGUUUUUCUGAUAAACAAAUUGCUGGUGCUAUUAAAAGUACUGAAUUAGCUGUACGUAAAUUACGUAAAGAUUUUAAUAUUAAAUCAUAUGUAAAACAAAUUGAUACUGUUGCUGCUGAAUGGCCAGCAACAACAAAUUAUCUUUACUUGACAUACAAUGGUUCAUCACAUGAUAUUGAUUUUCCUGGUGAUUAUACAAUGGUUAUUGGAUCUGGUGUUUAUAGAAUUGGUAGCUCAGUUGAGUUUGAUUGGUGUGCUGUUAGUUGUCUUCGUGAAUUACGUAAUUUAGGAAGACAAACAAUCAUGGUUAACUAUAAUCCAGAAACGGUCAGUACAGAUUAUGAUAUGUCUGAUCGUUUGUACUUUGAAGAAAUAUCCUUUGAAGUUGUUAUGGACAUAUAUAAUCAUGAAAAUCCAGAAGGAAUUAUAUUAUCAAUGGGUGGUCAAUUGUCAAAUAACAUUGCAAUGGAUUUACAUAGACAACAAGCAAGAAUUCUUGGUACAUCACCAGAAUCAGUUGAUGGUGCUGAAAAUCGUUUUAAAUUUUCAAGAAUGUUAGAUAAAAUUGGUAUAUCACAACCAAGAUGGAAAGAAUUAACAAAUUUACAAUCAGCUGUUGAAUUUUGUGAAGAAGUUGGUUAUCCAUGUCUUGUACGACCAUCAUAUGUAUUAUCUGGUGCUGCAAUGAAUGUAGCACAUUCAAAUCAAGAUUUAGAAGCAUAUUUAAAAGAUGCUAGUGAUGUUAGUAAAGAACAUCCAGUUGUUAUAUCAAAAUUUAUACUUGAAGCUAAAGAAAUUGAUGUUGAUGCUGUUGCAUAUGAUGGAAGAUUAUUAUGUAUGGCUGUAUCAGAACAUGUUGAAAAUGCUGGUGUACAUUCUGGUGAUGCAACAUUAGUAACACCACCACAAGAUAUUAAUCCAGAAACUCUAGCAAAAAUAAAAAAUAUAUCUAAAGCAAUUGCAGCUAAUUUAGAAAUUACUGGACCAUUUAAUAUGCAACUUAUUGCUAAAAAUAAUGAGUUAAAAGUAAUUGAAUGUAAUGUUAGAGUAUCAAGAUCAUUUCCAUUUGUAUCAAAAACAUUGGAUCAUGAUUUUGUUGCAAUGGCAACAAGAAUAAUUGUUGGUGAAACUGUUGAACCAGUUGAUGUACUUGCUGGUUCAGGUAAAGUUGGUGUUAAAGUACCACAAUUUUCAUUUUCACGUCUUGCUGGUGCUGAUGUUACACUUGGUGUUGAAAUGGCAUCAACUGGUGAAGUUGCUUGUUUUGGUGACAAUAGAUAUGAAGCUUAUCUCAAAGGUAUGAUGAGUACUGGUUUUCAUAUUCCAGAAAAAGGUAUUCUACUAUCAAUUGGAAGUUUCAAGCAUAAAAUGGAAAUGUUACCAUCAAUGAAAAGUUUACAAAAAAUGGGAUAUAAACUUUAUGCAAGCUUAGGAACUGCUGAUUUUUACAAUGAGCAUGGAGUUGAGGUUGAAUCAGUUCAAUGGACUUUUGAAAAUAUUGAUGUAAAUGAAGAUACCAGUCCUAAUGAACUUCGUCAUUUAGCUGAUUUUUUAUCUAAAAAACAUUUUGAUUUAGUUAUUAAUUUACCAAUGAGAAAUGGUGGUGCUCGACGUGUAUCAAACUUUAUGACUCAUGGUUAUCGUACACGUAGACUUGCUGUUGAUUAUUCAGUACCACUUGUAACUGAUGUUAAAUGUGCUAAACUUUUAGUUGAUGCUAUUAGUAAAUGUGGUGGUAAAGUACCACGUAUGAAAACUCAUACUGAUUGUAUGUCAUCAAGGAGAAUGAUGAAAUUACCAGGUUUUAUUGAUGUUCAUGUACAUGCUAGAGAUCCUGGUGCAACACAUAAAGAAGAUUUUUCAUCAUGUACAGCAGCAGCACUUGCUGGUGGUGUUACAAUAAUAUUUGCAAUGCCAAAUACAAAUCCUGCUGUUAUUGAUCAUUCAUCAUUUUCAUUUGCAAAAGAGGUAAAUUUAUAAUUUUUAAUAAUAAUCAACAUAAAUCCAUUUAUUGAAUGAUUAAUCUGAGUUAAUGAAAAAAUAACAAUGAAACUGAUAACAUUAAAUUACUGAUUAUUAUUUUUUAUCAUUAUUAUUAUAAAUUUAUUUGUAUUUAUUUGUUAAUAGCAUUUUGAAAAUUGGCCAACAAAAUAUCCACUUUGUGUUCAUGCUGAAGGACAAACAACUGCUGCUGUUUUAUUAUUAGCAAGUUUACAUAAUCGUCCUGUUCAUGUUUGUCAUGUUGCAAGAAAAGAUGAAAUAAAUAUUAUUCGUGCUGCUAAAGAAAAAGGACUUGCUGUAACAUGUGAAGUGUGUCCACAUCAUUUGUUUCUUAGUCAAAAUGAUUUGGAAAAAAUUGGUAGUGCUAAGGGACAAGUUAGACCAAUGUUGGCUACUUUGGAAGAUCAACAAGCUCUUUGGGAUAAUAUGGAUAUUAUUGAUUGUUUUGCAACUGAUCAUGCACCACAUACAGUUGAAGAAAAAGAAGGCGAAAAACCACCACCUGGUUUUCCUGGUCUUGAAACAAUUUUACCUCUUCUUUUGAAUGCUGUCCACGAGGGAAGACUCACAAUGGAGGAUGUGAUUGAUAAAUUUUAUCGUAAUCCAAAAAAAAUAUUCAAUAUUCCUGAUCAACCAAAUACAUAUGUUGAAGUUGAUCUUGAUGAAGAAUGGACAAUUCCCGAUGCAAUGCCAUUUACAAAAUCGAAAUGGACACCAUUUGCUGGAAUGAAAAUACAUGGUAGAGUACAUCGUGUUGUUUUACGUGGUGAAGUUGCAUAUGUUGAAGGUCAAAUAUUAGUUAAUCCUGGUUUUGGUCAAGACAUAAGAGAUGUACAAAAAAGCUUAAAGAUACAAUCAAUAUUACAUCCACCAACAAUUGAAGUAACAAGUCGUGUUAAUUCACCAAUACCACCACUAUUAAAUGGUAUUGAUACACGUACAAUAUAUGAUAGUAAUUUACCUACAAUAUCUGGACAUAUUAAUACAACUCAUGGUCUUGCUGGUCAUCAUAUUCUUACAGCAGAUAUGUUUACAAAAGAACAAUUAAAUGAUAUAUUUAAUUCAGCUGAAAGUUUACGUAAUUGUGUUUUAAAAGAAAGACCAUUAGAUCAUAUAUUAAAAGGUAAAAUAAUGGCAUCAAUAUUUUAUGAAGUAUCAACAAGAACAUCAUGUAGUUUUUCAGCAGCAAUGUUAAGAUUAGGUGGUAGAGUUAUACAUAUGGAUGGUACAACAUCAUCUGUUAAAAAAGGUGAAUCAUUAGAAGAUUCAGUUGCUGUUAUGGCUGGUUAUGCUGAUGCUGUUGUACUACGUCAUCCAGAACCUGGUGCUGUUGCAAGAGCAGCACAAUAUUGUCGUAAACCAAUGAUAAAUGCUGGUGAUGGUGUUGGUGAACAUCCAACACAAGCAUUACUUGAUAUAUUUACAAUUAGAAAAGAAAUUGGUACUGUUAAUGGUUUAACAAUAACAAUGGUUGGUGAUUUAAAACAUGGAAGAACUGUUCAUUCACUUGCUAGAUUAUUAACACUUUAUAAUGUUAAUUUAAGAUAUGUCAGUCCAAAAGGACUUGAUAUGCCUGAUCAUGUUAGACAUUAUGUUGAACAAAAAGGAAUUGAUCAAAAAGAUUAUGAUAAACUUGAGGAUGUACUUCAAGAUACAGAUGUACUUUAUAUGACAAGAAUACAACGUGAAAGAUUUACAUCACAAGAAGAAUAUGAUAAAGUUUGUGGACAAUUUGUUGUUACACCAAAAUUAAUGACUGCUGCUAAGAAAAAAAUGAUUGUCAUGCAUCCGUUACCACGUAAUUUUGAAAUUAGUACAGAAUUUGAUUCUGAUCCACGUGCAGCAUAUUUCCGUCAAGCUGAGGGUGGUGUUUAUGUUAGAAUGGCACUUCUUGCAAUGAUUUUAGGACAUUUUUAAAAUACAUAUAUUUUUUUAAUCAAUUGACAAUAUUACCGAGGUAGUAUUAAUUCAAAUGACUGCAGCAUAAUUUUAUAAAUAUAACAAGAAUCACGUGCCUAUAAUUUUUUAGUUUUUAAAUUUUAAAC